CAAAAGAAAUCUACAAGAGGACACAUCACACAGAGCCAAACUACCUCUGUCUGUCUGUCUGUCUGAACUCUUCGAAGCCUCCGACGAUUCAAAUCAAAGCUAUGGCAAGCAUAUGGCGGGCCGCGACGGCGCUAACGGAGAAACAGAACGACUACGACGGCGUCGAAUUCUGGUCGAAUCCGGAACGAACGGGCUGGUUGACGAAACAAGGGGAGUACAUAAAGACCUGGCGUCGCCGCUGGUUCGUUUUGAAACAAGGGAAGCUGUUCUGGUUCAAGGAAUCGACUAUCACACGCGGUUCUCGUCCACGUGGCGUGAUCCCCGUGGCUUCCUGUUUAACCGUGAAGGGAGCCGAAGAUAUUCUGAACAAGCAGUACGCUUUCGAGCUCUCGACGAGGAACGCGACGAUGUAUUUCAUUGCGGAUUCGGAGAAAGAGAAGGAAGAUUGGAUCAACUCGAUCGGACGGUCCAUAGUGCAGCACUCUAGAUCGGUCACCGAUUCCGAGAUCGUUGAUUAUGAUAGCAAGCGAUAAAUGCAGUUUAGAUUAGUUCCCGCCACACAAAAUGGCAUACUGGAUUGUGCCAAUGAAGAUGCUGAUAGUUCAAAAGUAAUAUCAAUGGCGAUAUUUGGUCUAAAUUCUCGAUGUGAGGUUGCUUGUUGCAGUUUGUUGGUGAAUGCAACUGGUUUUCUAGACUCCCCUGUCACUUUUCCUUCAAGAUUACAGCUUUGAAAUGACUGUUAGAUUUUGCUUAAGUAGACCACUCUCUGAUGUAUUGGGGAGAUUCUGAUGGUGGAUUUUCUAUAGGGAUAAGGAGAUUUUGAAACUAGUUUAUAUAAAAGGUUUUGUAUUCACGAUUAUGACGUAGUCAACUCUCGGUGUUGUUCCAAUUAGGUUGGUGAUGGAGGAGCAAACAUUAGCUCUAGGAUUUUACUAUAUGUUUUGUAAUUGACAGCUGCUUUCGGAGUUUAUUUAUAAGAAAUUUGUCUUGUAGCAGAGGAGUAAGUAAGCCUGCUAUAUUGAGUUAGCAAGUAGUUCAUGUAAUAUUGGUACAAUGAUGAUUAGCAAGUAGUUCAUGUAAUAUUGGUACAAUGAUGACCAAAGAGCGAGAACACGUCCUUGUUUAUUGGAGCCUAGGACGGGGCAGGCAUACAAUAGUUCCAGGACCUCUGCAUAUCUUCUUGUUAUCUCUAAUGAGAAAUGGUAUCGAUAAGAAGACAUUUCCAAUGACUGUACUUAUUGAAACAGAGAAAAAAUUUUGCAAUGAAGCUUUUCCGAACAUUGUUUGUGAGCACAAGCUACAAGUGAGAUCAAGCUGAUUGAAUGUCUUAAACAUGUAUAGCCUACAGGAUGUUUUUGACUGUUGUUGUGGGGGAAAAUGUUUAAUGAUUAUCAGGUGUUGCCUCAAGCUUAGACAUGAGCCAAGCAUUUACAUUUGCAUGAGAGUUUAGAAGUUGUUUCCAAUUUAUAGCAAUUGAUGGCAUGAAACAAAUCUUUGAUGCAGUGAGAUAGAUGGAGACCAUUAAGUUGAUUUUGAUGAGCUUCCAGUUUUAUCUCUCGUUCCUUGAAUAUUGCUUCCACAUAUCGCUGUUGUGUAAGAUUGCCAUUUCUGGAAUAU